UGAAAAAGUAAUUUAAGUGGAUUCACAUGAAUGGAAUAGAUACACACAAUUCUGGAUAUUCCACAGAAGAAGAGACUUGAACCAGAUGCAAACUUUUUGGAAUGGUAUGAUUCGAUUGGAUGGUGGAAUUGAAAUACUAUGCAGCCAUUACAAGUGAGUGAUUAUCUUCAGGUGGAGUCCAAUCAGAUUGUAGGACAUCAACAUUUCUGCUCAUUUCCACCUGCACAUUUUUAUAAGCUUCUUUCCACAUAUGAGAACAUUUUGUUGCUAUGUCUAAACCGUCACGUCUUGCUCGUCCAUCCUCGGCUGGUCCGAGCUCCAAACUUCCCUCACCCCGUCACAAUACACCUGCCGGGCGAUCCAGAAUAGUUGGCAUUAGUGAGAAGAUGAUGCGAACUGGAAGUGAGAGCAAUUUAGCUGGUCAAAGGCCUCCUGUGAAUGGGACGACACACUCACAAAAACCGCAAAACACAAAUUUAAAAGAAGAAGACAAGGUGGCCCAACCCAGGAGCAGAAUCAGUCCACCUAAAGCAUCCACAGGAACUGUAACCCAGCAACAAGUCACACUGCAGAAGCCUCUGAAGGGUAAUCUAAAGGUGACCUCCACUGAAGACACUGAACAUCUAAGCCGUAAACAGCAGGUCUCUGCUAACAGCCCCGGCAACCGCAGUGAGCCCAAAUCCAGCCGUGCAGGAGUUUCGCGCAGGCACACUGUGGGCGGGGCACGAAGCUCACGGGAGAUCCUCGCAAUGCAGCCCUCAGACAUGGAUAAAAAACGAGAGGCCUUCCUGGAGCAUCUGAAGCAGAAGUACCCGCACCAUGCCUCCGCCAUCAUGGGCCAUCAGGAAAGACUCAGAGAACAGAACCGGAGCUCAAAGCAGAGUUCUGAGUGCUCGAGUCCAGUGUCUGUGGAUCAGGUGGAGCACGGCUCCCUGGUCUCUCUGGAUGCUUUGGAAGUCAUGUCUGAGUGUGACUCGCCCGUCGCUUUCACCAGAGGCUCCCGGUCCCGAGCCAGUCUGCCUGUGGUUCGCUCCACUAACCAGACCAAGGAUCGCUCACUAGGUGUGUUGUAUCUGCAGUAUGGAGAUGACACAAAGCAGAUCCGAAUGCCUAAUGAAAUAACGAGUGCAGAUACAGUCAGAGCUCUGUUCGUUAGUGCCUUCCCUCAUCAGCUCAACAUGAAGAUGCUGGAAUCACCCAGCACCGCCAUCUAUGUCAAAGAUGAGACAAGGAACAUCUACUAUGAACUCAAUGAUGUCAGGAGCAUCACAGAUCACUCCUGUCUGAAGGUAUACCACAAAGACCCAGCACAUGCCUUCAGUCAUGGAGCCCGGCCAAGCAAUGGAGAUGCAAGGGUUCACAGGGAGAUGAUGUAUGCUGGAUGGGAUGGCCAUCCGCUCCGGCAGCCCCCGAUGGGCCCCCCUCCACCCCACAUGCAGGGCUCCAUGUCCCCUACCACACAGCAUAACAUGCCUCCUUCCCCUUCUCGUAUCCCCUUCGGGCCACGCUCUGGAGGCGGUGGGGUUGGUGGUGCCACAAUGCCACGUGAGCGAGCCGGACACCCGCUCCCUACCCCCGCCCGUGCGGCCUCCCCCUGCCCCAGCGCCAUUCUCGAGCGUCGCGAUGUCAAACCCGAUGAGGAUGUGGCCGCAAAGAGCAUGUCACUUCCCUCCCGAGUCGAAGGCCAUUACGUCGAUCCCUAUAUGUUGCAGCACCAUGCCCCACCCCCUGACACAAUAGACCACCCCUACCACCGUGCCACCGUGCGCUCUUACAGUAGCCCUGGCGUUCCUAUGGAGCCAGCGGACCAUCAUUCGCUAUUCCGACAAAAAAGCAGGAAGUACACUGACAGUCAGGUGCCCAUGCUUGGCUCCAAAACCCCGCCCGCUUCUCCACACAGAAUGGGCGAGAUGAGAGUAAUGGACAUCCACACUGGCCAACCACAGAGUUCCAUGACUCUAGAGAGGUCCUCGCCUGUCAGACAAUCAUUUAGAAAAGAGGCUCCUAUUGCUUUGGAUACCAUAGUAAAAGCGAGGGGGGGCAUGGGGUCCCCAGCAACCCCUGAUUUUCAGGGUCACAAUCCUCUGGUCCCCUCAGCAGAUCCUCAGACACGAGAGAGAAUGAAGGCCAUGGAGGAGCAAAUAGCCAGUCUGACUGGUCUUGUGCAGCAUGCUCUCAUAAAGAGCCACAGCACUAAAGGCAGCAAGGAACACCCCAGUGAGAAACCAAUAGACAAGUCCGGAUCACCAGUUCACAGCACAUCUAGCAAAGGAGGUUCUCCAGUAUUAGCACCAAAAAUAUCUGCAGCACCACCUGAACGUAGCCCUGCCCAUACGCCACCCAUAGGCUCUGCCCCUUUGCAUGUUAACCUUCAGCUUUUCAGGAAGAAUGUCUCCGAGCUCCGCCUUCAACUGCAACAUAUGAGACAACUACAGCUUCAGAAUCAGGAGUGUUUGCGUGCUCAGAUCAAGCAUGCAGAGCAGGAGAUCAAUGUGAAACUGGCUGAAUUGCUGAGACGACAGGACGAUCCAGCACAGAAACAGAGAACACUGGUGGAAGAAGAGAGACACAGAUACCUCACCAUGCAGGAGAGAGUGCUCACACAGCUGGGGGAUCUGGAGCAGUACGUGGACACUCUGAAGACUGAUUCCAGCUCUACUUUGUCAAAAAGAGCUGUGACUCUGAAGGAGGUAGAGGAGGGAGCCGUCAGCUUGCGCAAAGUGGGAGAGAACCUGGCUGGACUGAAAGGAGAGUUUCCAGCCUUACAGUCGCAUAUGCGGGCUGUGCUCAGGGUGGAGGUGGAGGCUGUAAAAUUCCUUAAGGAGGAACCGCACAAACUCGACAGCAUGCUGAAGAGAGUCCGAUCCCUCACGGACACACUCAGCAAAAUGCGCAGGUGUGCCACAGAUGGCCUGCUCAAACCUUCAGACUCUGUUUCCUCGUCACCUUCUACUGCCUCUGAAAAAUCAGAAUCAGCCAUCGUUGUUGAAUCCCUUGAAACUGUUUCAGUCACAUCUCAGAGUUCUACUGUGAGGUUAGAGGUCAUAACCUCUAACCCUGUGGCGAUCCACCAUGCCCAGACCUCUCCUGUAGCUUCACAACAGUCCCAGCAAUCAACAGCACCUUCACCCAAUCCCCCUGCCACCACUCAGAGACGAGAGUCUACCCCUUCACCCACCAAACAGCUCAAAAAACCUACAGCGUCACUCGAGCAGACACAGAUACAGAAUAACACCAGUAAUGGAGUCUCUAGUAAUGGCAUUCAUGGGAAAGGACCUUCACCAAACUUGUUCACUGAAGAGAUCCAUGCAAGUCACAACAAAACCAAGAACAGGGCAGUGUCAAUAGAGGCUGCAGAGAGAGAAUGGGAAGAGAAGAGGCAGAACAUGGGUCAUUAUGAUGGGCAGGAGUUUGAGCGGAUACUCCAGGAAGCAGAGGCCAACAUGCUGAGAGGAAUCCCAAACCUGGAGGUGCCCAGUGAACCCGAGAGCUCCUCUGCUUCUCCUUCAGUGCCUACUGCCUCCCUGGAGGAGACGGUGGAAAAAAAUGAGCCACUAACAGCACCAACAGAACAAAAUGACAAUCUGCCUGAGCCGAAUUCUGAGAAGCCUACAAAGAAUGCUCCAGAGAAACCCCACAAACCUCUGGAGAAACCAGUUAAAACAGCCUUUGAGAGGCCUCUCAAAUCUAGCCUAUCCAUCAAAUCCAGCCUCGAGAGACAGAGCAAGGCUCAGGAAAAAGUUGUCAAGCUUCAGAGCACAGAGAAGGCCAACAAGUCCCCGCCUCCACCCCCACCUCGAAGAAAUUACCCCACCACAACUGGCAUGACCACCACCCGCUCAGGAGAGGUCAUUUACACCAGCAGGAAUGAAUCUGUCACAGCACAGGAGUGUGACGAUGAGCCCACCAGUCUAGUGUCUCAUCAUGAACCAAAGACUCCUCCAGAGACUAAGCCCAAACCCAACACCCCUCCACCUAUAUCAGCCUCAGCCAUCACUGAGGAAGAGGAUGAGGGAGACAAGAUAAUGGCAGAGCUUCAGGUUUUCCAGAAGUGCUCUGUUAAGGAGGUAGGGCUCAAGGGUUUGGUAGAGCCACAGAUCAGAGAGCUAAGACCUGGGGCCUUACUGCCCCUCAAAGAUAAGAAGAAUACAGACAACCAAGAAGACAAGAAUCCAGACACAGAUGAGAAUGGCAACAGUACAAUCCGUCAGAGUCCUGGGGUCAUCUACUAUGUCACAGCUCAGAUCUCCAAGAUUACUCCAUCAGCGCCAGAGGAAUCCAUAGAGCAUAGGGAGACAUCACAGUUGCCCCCGUCACAGGUGUCACAUGUCAGUGCUUCUGAACAAUCCCAAAGCCAGCUGCAGGUAUCCACUAAUAAGUCUGGUGCCAUAAAGAAUAGUGACCCAGCCAGCUCUUCUAGCUCUCUGGCCCAAAACCAGCUGACUCGUGCGGCCUCGCUGAAGUCCAGUCCACCCUCUCCAGUGGAGGAAGUUCCAGGUAGCCCAACUCAAGGGAAAGUUCAUGUGGUCAAGGCCGCUCAAGUGCAGGUUAGCAUAGAAGAGAGGGUGGAGUCUCCAACAGCAAUUUGCUCACCAGUCUCUUUUGGAGACCCUGAAACCAUAUUUUCGAAAGCAGUGCCUGUUGGGUCACAUUCAGCCAUUCAAAUGCCUUUGCUUGGCUCAUCCAAGGCAAGGGAAAGGAAAUUUGAGGAAAUCGAAGUAAAUGAUGAAGCCUUUCUCAGUCCUGAUCUGUCAGGAGAAGAGCCACCUCCACCUCCACCUGAUAACUUUGCCUUCAUGAUCACUAAUACGAAGGUACAAGCCCUCUCCACUGGAGAGUACCAGCAGCUUGUCAACGCCAAGAAAGGUAGUGUGCAGACUGUAACUUUUGGCUGCAAACGUUCAAGGGGUUCUGAUAGUGGCUCGGCAUCAGGAGGCGAUGUCAAUUCCAGUGGUUCCCCUGGUGCUGACAACACCAGUAAAAAGCCAGUUAUUAUCAUCUUUGAUGAGCCAAUGGACAUCCGUUCAGCCUACAAACGCCUCUCUACAGUCUUUGAAUGUGAGGAGGAGCUUGAGCGAAUGCUUGCAGAAGAAAGGAUAGAGGAGGAAAAUGAGGAAACUGAAGCAGAAUGGAAUGCAGGAGUGCAGGUCACUGGUCAAGGUACUGGUACAUCUUCUCCUGCAGAUGUCAUGGACAGUCAAGCAACAAACUCUUCAGGAGAUGCAAAACAAGAUGGUAAGAAGAAGUUCAAGCUUAAGUUCCCCAAGAAACAGCUUGCAGCAUUAUCGCAAGCCAUUCGCACUGGUACCAAAACAGGCAAAAAGACUUUGCAGGUUGUUGUCUAUGAGGAUGAGGAAGAGUCAGACGGAACUGUCAAACAACACAAAGAGACCAAGAGGUUUGAAAUAGCUUGUUCUAAAACAGAGUCCUCAAAAUUGAAUCCCCAGGAACCUAACGGCCGAAAUUAUGAGAUUCGCAAGAGUACUUACAAAACCCUUGACAGUCUAGAGCAAACUAUAAAACAGUUAGAGAACACAAUCAGUGAAAUGGCACCAAGAUCUUCUGAAGACACAGAAACCUCUAUGAACCCUGAAAUAAAGGACAGCAAGGUUGGGGAGAGUUCAGGGCACAAAGAGAAAGGAACUUUUCCCAAAACCUUGGUUCCCAGGUCUUUUGCAGCCAGUAAAGGUCCUGGUCUCCGAAAGAAGGCCAAGCCACAGCUCCUUCCUCGGCCUGCCAUCAUACCAACUGCAGGGGUCUCAGUUACACCAGUUCCCACCCAACAGAAUGCCAGCGUGGUCUCACCUACUAGUCGGAUGCCGGUGCCUAUUUCUGCCAAGGCGAGGCAGCAACCGGGCACCUCAGACAAAGAGAGGGCAACAAAACAGCAAAAGCUACAGGACUCUCAGAGGCAAUUCCGCCAGGCUAACGGAAGUGCUAAGAGAUCUGGAGGAGAUCCCAAAUCCACUUCUCCUGCCGUGCCUGCUUCUAAAAUUCCAGCUUUUUCCUCCUCUAAUGCAGGAAAAGGCUUGUCCCAAUCUGAUUCUACUAAUACUGUUUAUUCUUCCUCUCCUUUAUCUUCCUCCCUUCCUGCUAGCAAAUCCUCCAUCCCUCCACCUCGCUCCAGUUCCACCUCCCCCUCUAAUGGUUCUCUAAAAUUUUCCCCUCCGAUUCACAGCAGUAAAGUCAUCUCUGUUCCCACACAGACACAAAACGGUCGACCUUCCACCUCUUAUUCAUCUUCCUCUUCCUGUUCCCAUUCCCCUCUGUCCCCGACUAUGUUGAGUCAGAGUGCAAAGAGUAUCCGCACCAUUCACACACCCAGCUUCACCAGCUACAGUCGGUCGCACAACGGGAGUGCCAGUAAAUCAGCUAUCCCCACGGUAACGGUCGCUAAGGAUGCUUCAUAGAAUGCUUGGCUGCUCUGCUACCAUUUGCUUAACUCUUAAAGGGAUAAAUCACCCAAAAAAUGAAAAUUCUUUCAUUAAUUACUGCCCUCAUAUUGUUCCAAACCCAUAUGACCUUUUUUCUCAAGAGGAACACACAAGCAAAUGUUAGGCAGAAUGUUAGCCUCAGUCACCACUUUCACUUUCAUUGUAUGAAAAAAACAAUUAAAGUAAAAGAUGACUGAGACUUACAUUCUGCGUACCAUCUUAUGUGUCCUACGGAAGAAAGUCAUACAGGUUUGAAACAACAUGAUGGUGAGUAAAUGAUGACAAAAUGUGCAUUUUUGGGUGAACUAUCAUUUUAAUGAGUUGGCGUCACUCCCGAUUUACUUGUAUUCAUCAGUGUUUUUUUUUUUGUGUGUGUGUGUGUGUGUGUUUUACUGGUAAUACUGUUGUAUCAAGUGUUCAGAGUGAACUGUUUUUGAUUUUGACUUGCAUGUCAACAUUUGUUCACAUUACAUUAUUGUCUCUGUUCAAACAGAUCAUCCUUCAUUAUUAUAAGUGUUUGAAACUUGAAUCUCUGCAUAAUCUUUGCAUUCAAUCAUAAUGACACAAAUAACGCUAAACCUUUUCAUUGUAAAAACUAAAAGAGAUCUAGUUCAGUUGCAGAGAGCAGGCUCUUGAUCAAGAAUUUUACAGAGCACUUCAUUUGAAAAGAAUGAAUAUUUAUUUUUCAUAAAAGUUGAAGAGACUUAAAAGAAAAAAGUAUUCAUAAGUGAUCAUAUAGUAUAAACUAUGUAAACAAUGUGUUAAUAAAAUGAUUGUAUUGAUUAUCUUCAUUUUUUAAUUUUUGUUGUAAGCUGACAGACAUUGGUUGUAGCCAUUAUAAACCCUCUAAGUGAAACAAGUACUGUAAAUGUACUAACCAUUAACAAAACCUUGCUUCAAUAUUUUCUUUUUGUCUUUUUCUCAUGCACUGCCAAUGUCUUUAAGAUUUUUUUAUUUUAUUAUAAAAUUACAACAGUUUUGCAACAAAAAGAUAUUUCUUUUCAGUAGUUGUGUCUAUUUGCCAAAGUUGUUUGUAGACAUGUCCUUUUUAGACAGUACAUUUUCAUUUAGGAUAGGUUAUACCCAGCUUGACCUACCUAUUUUAAAAAAAAUAAUCUUAAUUUGAUCAGUUUAUGGCUCUUAAAUUAAUGAGGAUUGAUGUCUAAAUGUAAACUAAACAUUGUAGUGAUUGAUGAAACUGAUUCAAACUACCCAUGUAUAUACUGUAACUUCUCUAUUUCAGAGAUUGUCUUCAGUUUAGUUAACAUAUUGUACCAAAGUUUAUUUCUAUGCAUGCCUAUAUAAAAUUAUAAAAACAAGAGAGAAUGUAAUAGAAGAAAUUCAUGCUUGGACAGAUUUGUAAAUAAAUAUGUUUCCUUUGGUUUUGUAAAGCUUUAACUGCAGAAGCAAUCUGUUCAAAAGUCUGUAGCUAUAAAACAAUAAAGUUGCUGCAUGCUUGUCAUUCA